ACCUCAACAUCUAUCGAAAUGGCCAGCGGAGCCGACAAGCUCCACAAGGGCGACGCCCACAAGGACAACUUCACCAUGAUGCAGUACUUUGAGUGGUACUGCCCAUCGGGUGGCGUCCACUGGAAGCGCUACAACGACGACGUCGAGCACCUCAAGGACGUCGGAAUCACCGCAUGCUGGCUUCCUCCACCCACCAAGGCCUCCAACCCCGAAGGCACUGGCUACGACAUCUACGACCUCUGGGACCUCGGAGAGUUUGAGCAGAAGGGGACCAAGAGCACCAAAUGGGGCAGCAAGGAGGAGUUUGUCGCUGCUAUCAACAAGGCCCGUGAAGCCGGCAUCAUUACUUACAUCGACGCUGUGCUCAAUCACAAGGCCGGCGCAGACGAGACGGAGGAGUUCUUGGCCACCAUGGUUGAUCGUAACAACCGCAACAAGACGGUCAGCGACAUGCACAACAUCAAGGGCUGGACCAAGUUCACCUUCCCUGGUCGCGGCGAGACCUACUCUAAGCUCAAGUGGAACUUCAACCACUUUACCGGUGUAGACUACGAUGACGAGUCCAAGACCAAGGCGAUUUACAAGAUUCAGGGCGACGGCAAGGGCUGGGCCACCGACGUUGACGACGAGAAUGGCUCAUAUGACUACUUGAUGUUCGCGGACAUCGACCACGACCACCCAGAAGUUGUCGAGGACCUCAAUAACUGGGGCGAGUGGGUGCUUAAGGAGACGGGCGCGUAUGGAUUCCGCUUUGACGCCGUCAAGCACAUUUCGCGCGAUUUCAUCGGCCAGUUCGUCAAGCACCUCCGCAGAGAGGGCGGCGGCCACCCGUCGGCAUUCUGCGUCGGCGAGUUCUGGAAGGACUCGGUCCCAGAUCUUUGCGAGUACCUUGACGGCCUUGGCACCCAGUUCUCCGUCUUUGACACGCCUCUUCAAGGCAACUUCAAGGAGGCCGGUGAUGCCAAGGAGAACUACGACCUCCGCAAGAUCUUCGAUGGCACUCUAGUCCAGGCCCGCCCUAUCGACGCUGUAACCCUCGUUGACAAUCACGACACCCAAGUCGGCCAAGCGCUCCAGAACUGGGUGCCCGCUUGGUUCAAGCCUCUUGCGUACUCUCUUAUCCUUCUUCGCCCUGAUGGCUACCCCUGCGUCUUCUUUGGCGACAUGUACGGCUGUGAAGGCGAGAACCCGCAGCCGGGCGUCGCGCAACUUGACGACCUCAUCCGCGCUCGCAAGCUCUUCGCGUAUGGCGACCUUGUCGACUACUGGGACCACGCUAACUGCGUCGCCUGGCUCCGCAAGGGCGACGAGAACCACGAUGGUUGUGUCACUGUCAUCUGCAACGGUACGGAUGAGGGCUCGAAGCGGGUCGAGGUCGGCAAGGAGCACGCCGGCGAGAAGUGGACGGAUCUCCUCGGCUGGCACCAGGCCGAAGUGACGGUUGACGAGGAGGGCUGGGCUGAGUUCUUCUCGCCCGCCCAGAGUGUCUCGAUCUGGACUAAGACGGAUGCGCGCGGCCGCAACGAGUUCAAGAAGGACUGAGUGUGUCCUACUUUCCUCCCGAAUGUAGCAGAUCUUGGAUAGACAGUAAAUGUGAAUAGACUUGUAGAUCGUAGACUCACGGCCUCCAGGAGGCCUUUGCGCCCUUCAGUGACUUGAACAGAAGCAAAAGGUGACGUUGAGUGCGUCACACGCUCAAAGAGUGGAGGAUCGUGCGUGCAGCACCUGUCCCUGGCAGUCACAUUCCUCACCCUCUCAAGCUUCUGAACAACAUCCACUCUCUGUCUCUGACUCGAUCUCUCCAUUGC